AAUUGUAUUUGUAGGAUGGUUAUCAAGGGACAAAGUGGUAGCAGCAGCAAACCUAGGGAAAAACGCGUGGAAGUUGCUCGGAAUAGUAAGCUAAAGGGAAAAGACCCUGUCGUCGAUGAAGAAAUGGAAGAAGAUGAGGAAGGGCGAUCGCUGUCUGGGGAUGACAGUGAAGAAUCUGUUUUUGACGGGGAUGCAUAUGAAGAUGUUGAAGAUGAUGAAUAUGAGGAUGAGAUAUAUGAGGACGAAGAAUUCGAGGAUGAAUUAUGCCAGAGAACAGUGAAACGUGCGCCAAAGAAAAGGCAAUCUGCUAAAAGCAGGAGGGUUAUUUCAUACGAUGAAGUAGAGGAGGAAGAAGAUAUAGAAGACGAAGACGGUGAAUAUAUGGAUGGUGGGUAUGAAGAUGAAGGAGAGGAUGUUGUUGUUCGCGUUCAGAAAAGAGGGAAGAGUUGGAAGGAGGUCGGGCAGAAUGCUUUGAAGAAGAAGGCACAUCUGCAGAUGAUGCGGAAGAGGCGUAGAGAGGAUUAUGAUGAUGUUGACGAGGGAAGGAGACAUGUGAAGAAGACGAUACUUCCUGCGAUGAAGCAGAUGGGUAGGAAGUUUGAUGAAACAGGGGUAGCAAAAGGAAAGCCCCCUGCAAAACAGAAGGCAAUCAGAGGGAAUAACAGGAGGAUGUUUGUGCGGGUACCGAUUCCCAAACAUCCUAUGUCUAGGGGUGAGUAUGCGAAGUUUCACAGCGUGGUAGUUGCUACUCAGCGGGCUAAUUGUGGCCGGAAGCAACCAAGCGUUAUCUGUCGCACGGAUGCAUUUUCUAAGAUUAUUGCUGCUUUUGAUGAGUCAAGGAGAAGUUGCGUUAGGAAAAUGGGUUUCGGGGGGAUGUUGGAUUUGAAAAUAUCCAAGCUACCUAGGCAGCUGUGCUACUGGCUGAUGUCCCGGUUGGAUGGGGGUAACAGUUACCUUGUUGGAGGGGACGGCCAUGUGUUGCCGAUAACUGCUUCCCUUUGGGAAUAUGUAUUCGGAUUCCAGAACAGCGGUCUUCAGGUGCCAGUGAAGGAGUCUGAUCUUCCUCCAGGCACCCUUAAAGCGAUGGCCCUCAAGUAUGGUGAAAAGAAUACAUCAACCUCAAAGAGCACAAUAAUCAUAGCAAAAUCUGUAAAGGAAUUGGCAGGGCCGGUUGACGGUGAAGGAAAGAUAAAGCCCCUGGCUAAUCAGCGUGAUAGGGCCUCGUUCAUGGAAAAUUUCAUGAUUGUGUUGCUGGGGCAGAUUUUAUGUCCUUCUACCGAUGGGGGUAACAUGUCUUUAAAAUUGCUAGGUGCAGUUUCCAUGGCAAAGAAUGCAUCACUGUACAAUUGGUGUGAGUUUUGUCACACAUGGCUGUUAGACUACGGAGACGCCUGUCAGCGGAAGAUAGACCAUCAGGGGUAUGCCGCUGGGACUGGUGGUUGUGUGUUGUUUUUGCUGAUUUUCUACCUAGACCAUUUAUGCAGGCAUCCUGUGAGAUGGGAUGAGUUUCCCAGGAUCAAAGUCUGGACACAGGAGGAAGUGGAUGAGGCCAAGAAUCGGGAUAGGAAAGCGAGUGAAGAUUAUGGAAGGAUUACGACUGUUGAUGUUGUGUACGGGGAUCCUCAUCCCCUUUACGGCAGGGAGGGUAGACGGUCUCCCGCAGUAGAGGUUGCUGAGAUGGUAGCACAGAUGACUUCUUCAGAAUGGAGACGCACCCUAGCUCAGGAGGUCACAGAGAUGAUAGCAGCUGUGGAGUACGUUCUACAUUGGAGGGACACGCAGUAUAAUGCAGCUCUUGUUUGGAAGUUGAAGCAAAUGCAUACUUGGCCCUUGGACUCCAUUAGCUUCCCUGACUACAACGACAAUCAUGCGUGUGGAAUAGUAAUGCUUAUGGCUAUCCAGGAAAGUGCAAGGGCAUUUACAAAGACGAUGCAAGUGGGGGACAUCAAUGUAGUUCGGAAGGCACUGUUUUUGUCUCACUUGAAUUCAGAUUUCAACUCCUGCCGCCCGCUUCUUCCCCAAAUCGUUGCAACCCACUGCCCAUUGUUGUCUUUUGAUACUCACAUUAUUCCUAGGAGAUGGGAUUCAUUGCUUGCAGGUUGUUUGGUACCGUUAUUAGAAAAGUCUGGGUACAAUCUACGAGUUUGGUACAGCCUGAACUUUGUUCCGGCUUUGCAUGGUACCAAGCAUAAAUUGAGUACCAAACAAGAUCAGAUAUGUACCACACGAACAUUAGUAAUUGUUGCUACAAAAGUUGGAUGA